GCGGCCGAGCAUCCUCGCUCCGCCGCCGCUCCGCGCGCCCCCGGGGCCGGGGCGAGGCCCCCCAUCGCCGGGUCCCCCCGGGGCUGCAGCAGCAGCGGCGCGGCCCGCGGUUCCCGCCGGGGAGCCGGGCGCCGGCCCAGCUCUGCACGAUGGGCACGGUGCUAUCGCUGUCCCCUGCCUCCUCGGCCAAAGGCCGGAGGCCCGGCGGGCUGCCGGAGGAGAAGAAGAAGGCGCCGCCCGCGGGGGACGAGGCGCUGGGGGGCUACGGGGCUCCGCCGCUGGGCAAGGGCGGCAAAGGCGAGAGCCGGCUCAAGCGGCCGUCCGUGCUCAUCUCGGCCCUCACCUGGAAGCGCCUGGUGGCCGCGUCCGCUAAGAAGAAGAAAGGCAGCAAGAAGGUGACGCCCAAGCCGGCGUCCACGGGCCCCGAUCCCCUGGUCCAACAGCGCAACCGCGAGAACCUUCUUCGCAAGGGCCGGGACCCCCCCGACGGCGGUGGGGGCGCCGCCAAGCCCCUGGCCGUGCCGGUGCCCACCGUGCCCGCUGCUGCCGCCACCUGCGAGCCGCCGUCGGGGGGCAGCGCGGCCGCCCCGCCGCCAGGCUCGGGCGGAGGGAAGCCGCCGCCGCCGCCACCUCCGCCCCCAGCCCCGCAGGCGGCCGGGCCGCCGGGGCCUGGAGGAUCGCCGCGGCGGGUCAUCGUGCAGGCGUCCACAGGCGAGCUGCUGCGCUGCCUGGGCGACUUCGUGUGCCGACGCUGCUACCGCCUCAAGGAGCUGAGCCCCGGCGAGCUGGUGGGCUGGUUCCGAGGCGUGGACCGCUCGCUGCUGCUCCAGGGCUGGCAAGACCAGGCCUUCAUUACGCCUGCCAACCUGGUGUUCGUGUACCUGCUGUGCCGAGAGUCGCUGCGCGGGGACGAGCUGGCGUCGGCCGCCGAGCUGCAGGCCGCCUUCCUCACCUGCCUCUACCUCGCCUACUCCUAUAUGGGCAACGAGAUCUCCUACCCGCUCAAGCCCUUCCUGGUGGAGCCGGAUAAAGAGCGCUUCUGGCAGCGCUGCCUGCGCCUCAUCCAGCGGCUCAGCCCCCAGAUGCUGCGGCUCAACGCCGACCCGCACUUCUUCACGCAGGUCUUCCAAGACCUCAAGAACGAGGGCGAGGUCGCCGCGGGCGCCGGGGGUCCCCCCGGCGGAGGCGCGCCCGCCGCUCCCUCGGCCGCCAGGGACAGCUGCGCGGUCGGAUCCAAGCACUGGACUAUGAACCUGGACCGUUAGGGGAUGCCCCAGGGACCGCGCCUGUCCCCCGCCCCGCCCCGCCCCAGCCCCCAGCCCACACACACACUCGGAGCCCCUGGACCCUCCAGCCACCGCCGCUGUCACUGCCGCUCCGCGCGGGGGCUAGGCGCCAGAGGAACCGCCCCUGCUCCGCAGCGCAGGUGGAGGCCAGGACGCUAGGGGCCGUGGCAUCUGGAUUUUGCUGGGCGUGGGGUGGGGGUGGGCACGGGAAGGGCACCCCCACCUCAUCCUGUCCUUGUCUGUGCCUCCAUCUCUCCAUUUUUGCUUGUCGCCACCCGCCCUGCUCUGCGCGUCUCUGCGUUCAUCUCCCCUUCGCUGCCCAUUUUCUUGCCACUCCUCUGUCUCUGUUAUUCCUCCUGCCUGCUUUCC